GCCAAUCAUAAAUGCACCAUCGCCGAACUCGACACACACAUUCCGUGGAAGGAGUUCGAGCAACUGUGGUUCACUCGAUUCAUGGUCCGCAACGUUGUAAAGGCGGCCAUGAACGAGGUCUACACCAGCUCACAAGGAAACAUGCCAACUCGAGACUGGACAAUCAAGUUGCAGAAGAUAGUAACCACUCCAGGCUUCGACUUGAGUUUUCCAAACCAACGAUCCGAAUUCUUUUCGCAAUCGUGCGCAGGACUGCGGUCGGCACUCGGCAACGAGUACGGCUAUGCCUCAUUCCAGGCUAUUCUGGAUCGUGCGAACCUGGUCAUCCAAACGGAUGACAAGGCCGCUAACGAACGACAGUCCCAGCUGCACUAUGUGGCUAAGCAGGGCUACCAACGACCGACACAUAAUAAUGCCGCGAUUUGUGACGAAUCAGUUGAUCUCCACGCUGCAGCAGCAUCCUCGAGUGAUGGAGGAGUUGUCGCAGCGCUCCCGCCGAAGCGUCCCAAGAGAGUUCGGAAGAACAAGGUGAUACAAGCGACGACAUCGACGGGAAGUGGGCAGCAACCAUGGACGGCAUACAACAUAACCAAGGAGCUGGUACCACCAUUAGACCAGCCUAGCCACGUGCACUUAGAUAGCGUCUGCGCAGCGUGUACACCGUCGGCAAGUGAACCGAUCAGCUCGCCACUGAUUUCCGAGGACUCGACGGCGUGGUCAAGACUUGAGGAGCUUGACCCGCUCACGAGAGAGGACUUCGCUUGGAUGCCUCUACCCUCGACCGGAACCUUGCCAAGGCCGCAUUGUAACGCCUUGAUGGCAAAUCUACGCUCCUAUUUGCACGCUGCAAUACCAGCUCCAUUGACGGACGACGGAGUAGCAGUUGUCGAUCUCCGCUCCUAUCUUGUGAGGAUUGACCGCGAGUAUGCCACCCAAAGGUACGUCGAGACCGACGCGCCUUUGCUCUAUAUCCGCAUUCAAAUCGGAAAGGCAACUUGCAGUGCCUUGAUUGAUUGCGGAGCAUCUCGCAAUUUCAUGAGCCAAGCCUUUAUGGCCCACGCAGGCCUUGGCCCGCGCGUUCGAAGGAAGAAGCAACCUACGCAAGUUACACUCACGGACGACCGCACGCAAAAGUCGAUCGACCGAUGCAUUGACGGCGUCCCGGUAUACUUUGCGCCACUUGCGUGCGAGCCGGUGUCUUUCGACAUCCUCGACACCAAGUUUGACAUGAUUCUAGGCAUGUCUUGGUUGCGUAGCGCCGAUCAUCCGGUGAACUUUCACGACCGAACUGUUCACGUCCGUGAUCGGAACGGAGUGUUAGUCCCAUAUCGGCCCAUACGUCACGGGAUCACUCUCGAGGCUGGUGUCAUCCCUCCGCGUGGAUGCAUUUACCGCAUGAGCGAAGAGGAACUCGAGGUGCUUCGCGCACAACUUGAUGACCUUCUCGACAAGGGUUGGAUUCGCCCUAGUUGUUCGCCAUACGGUGCGCCAGUUCUCUUCGUCCGGAAGAAGAACAAGGACCUACGGCUGUGCAUUGACUAUCGAAAACUGAACGCACAAACCGUUAAGAACGCCGGCCCUCUCCCUCGGAUUGAUGAUCUCGUCGAGCGGUUGGGCGGCGCGACGUACUUCUCGAAGUUGGACUUGAAGUCGGGUUACCACCAAAUUGAAAUCCAGCCUCAAGAUCGGUACAAGACCGCCUUCAAAACGCGGUAUGGGCAUUUUGAGUGGGUCGUGAUGCCAUUUGGACUCACCAAUGCCCCGACAACCUUCCAAGCAGCCAUGACAACUGAGUUCCGAGACUUGCUCGAUCGUUCCGUCCUCAUCUACCUCGAUGAUAUCUUGGUCUGUAGCAGGACGCUUGAUGACCACCUCGUACACCUCCGUGUGGUGUUGGAUCGUUUGCGAGCAGCCAAGUACAAAGCAAACUGCGACAAGUGCGAAUUCUCCAAGCAAGAGCUUGAGUACUUGGGCCAUUAUGUGACGCCGAAAGGCAAUCGUCCCUUAGCGGACAAGAUCCAAGCCAUCGUGGAUUGGUUGGAACCCCUGGCAGCUCCUUUGUCGAGAAUUCAGUCCCUGAAGGUACCGUUCGAGUUCGACGACGCAGCUCGUGGCGCGUUCAAUACGUUGAAGGCGGCGAUGCAAGACGCACCGGCCCUCCGUAUCUAUGAUCCCACCCUACCCACCCGAGUGACUACGGAUGCUUCCGGGUACGAUAUUGGUCCUGUAUUGGAACAAUGCCACACGGAUGGUUGGCACCCGGUCGAGUACUUCUCCCAAAAAGUGCCUCCCAUCAACACUCUGGACGACGCUAGGAAGAAAGAGCUACUCGCGUUCGUCACCGUUCUCAAACGGUGGCGCCACUUUCUUCUCGGUCGUCGGCGUUUUAGAUGGAACACGGACAACAAUCCGUUGACCUUCUACAAAACGCAGGACACGGUCACUAGCACGAUCGGUCGAUGGAUGUAUUACAUCGACCAGUUCGACUUUGAGCCAUGCCACAUUCCCGGUCCCGCCAAUCGAGCAGCAGACGCCCUCUCACGACGACCCGAUCUUUGUGCCCUUGUGACCACGACGUUCGACCUCGACGACGAUCUGCAACAACAUUUCGUCAACGGCUACAAGUCCGAUCCGAUGUACUCUACGCUCUAUGAGGACCUAUCAUCGGAUCACCCGCCGGCUGGUCAUUAUCGUAUCUCCGACGGUUUCCUACUCCUUCACACGAGAGGGAAGGACUUGUUAGUGGUGCCCCAAGAUCGCAUCUUACGGACUCGUCUUCUCGGCGAAUUCCACGACGCACGACUUUCGACACAUCUUGGCGUGGACCGCACAUUGGCUCGCCUCCGCCAGUGUUUUCACUGGCCCGACGUUCUUCACGACGUCACGAGGUACAUUGAGUCACGCGCAGUUUGCCAUCGUAACAAAGGUCGAUCUACGGUCCCUUAUGGCGAACUGAAACCGAUGCCCAUUCCUCGGGCACCUCGCCUCUCCAUUGCUAUGGAUGUUACAGGCCUAUUCCCCCGCGAUCGCCUCGGUCAUGACGGCAUUCUCACGGUCGUUGACCGUUUGAGCAGGUAUGCUCGUUUCCUUCCAUGCAAGUAUGGCGCUACAGCUCCCGAGCUCGACCGACUCUUGCACACCGGCUGGAUUACAUGCCACGGUGUUCCAGAAGAUAUUGUGAGCGACAGAGACACUCGCUUCAUGUCUGCAUUUUGGACUUCCCUCAUGACGGAGUCCGGUCCAACUAUGAAGCCGAGUUCCGCAUGGCACCCGCAAACGGAUGGACAGUCGGAACGAGCGCAUCAAACCGCUCAAAUGAUGUUACGUACACUCAUCCGUCCCGACCAGAAAGAUUGGGUUGACCGGCUUCCGACAUCGAGUUCGCCUAUAACACUUCGGUGCAUCCGGCGAUCUGCAUCACUCCAUUCGAGCUGCAUCACGGUGGAGAGAAAGCCCGAGUCUUUGCCGAUCUUUUUCUACCACGGGCCGCCGACAUUGACGUCGCUUGCUCUCCCGCUUCCGUUCGGAAGAGACCUUGUUUGGGUCCUCGCUGAGGAAUUCUCGCUCGAGCAGGACGUCUCGCGCAAACUCCUCCCGAAAUGGUUUGGACCAUGGAAGGUAACUUCUGCAGCAGGCGACGACCCUGCAGGUCCUUCCUUUGUGAUUGCCAUCCCCCCACACCUUCGUGUGCACCCGGUCUUCCAUGCAUCGAAGCUGGCCAUCUACACGCCACCUUCCGAGGAUGAGUUCCCGGGCCGACCAUCACAAGAUCCGCCCUCUAUGGACGGACACCCGGAAGUUGACCGUGUCAUCAGGCACCGCAAGUUUGGCAACAAGCCAAUGCAGUACCAAGUCACUUUCAAGCAAUGUGACCCUGAUGACACUCGUUGGAUCUCCCGCGCAGACUUACAGGCAUCUGCACCACUCAUCUUCUUCGACUACGAGAACUGGAGACUUGCCAAGGACAAAGUUCGUCCCUCUCGACCCACCCUGGUAUCGGACAGAACUUCGCCCUCGCAGAUCAACGGUGAGAAGUGCAAGUUUGGCCGCACCCGUGUCUUGUACUUGGGUCAUGAGAUUUCCGCGGAAGGGUUGAAGCCCGAUGACGCGAAGGUGGCCAGCAUUCGUGACUGGCCGCGUCCUCAGUCUGCAACUGAGAUGAGAUCAUUCUUAGGGAUGACCGGCUACUAUCGCAACUUUGUGGAUAACUAUAGCAUAGUUGUCGCCCCUUUGACUGAUCUGACCCGCCUUGACACCCCAUGGGAGUGGACUGAGAGAUGCGAGGCUGCUUUCAGACAUCUGAAGCAUGCGUUGACGCAUUAUGAAGUCUUGAAACUUCCUGAUCAUGACAAGCCAUUUAUAGUGACUACGGAUGCUAGCCAAUAUGGCAUAGGCGCCGUACUUGCACAACAGGAGGGGAAAAAGUUAAGGCCAGUUGAGUACAUGUCCAAAAAGAUGCCCUCUCAGAAGUUGGCUAAGUCCACCUAUGAGAAGGAACUCUAUGCUGUUUACAAGGCUCUGACCCAUUGGAGGCACUACCUCCUUGGGAGGUUCUUCAUCCUUAGGAGUGAUCAUCAGACCUUGAGAUGGCUGAGAACUCAGCUGGUCUGUCAGAGGGACAAGCCCCGUACUCAGGCUCCUCUUGGGCUACUGAAGCCCCUUCCGAUUCCGGAACGACCGGGUGAGAGUCUGUCCAUGGAUUUCAUGGAUACUCUGGUCACCAGCAAGAGUGGGAUGCAACACAUCUUCGUCAUCGUGGAUAGAUUUAGUAAGUAUGCUAGGUUAGUAGCAAUGCCAAAAACAGCAAGGACGGAGUAUGUGAUCAAAAUGUUCAAAGAGAACUGGGUUAGGGACUUUGGGUUACCGAAGUCUAUUAUUAGUGACAGGGAUGUCCGAUUUACCAGCGAAUUGUGGAAGGCGGUUGCCGCAGAGCAGGGAACCCAGUUGCAAAUGACUUCUGGGAAUCACCCCGAGGCCAACAGCCAGGCCGAGCAACUGAACCGCGCUGUACAACAUCUGUUGAGGCAUUACAUAAAGCCCAACCAGGUGGACUGGGAUGAGAAGCUUGCUCUCAUCGCCAGUCUGUACAACAACGCGGUACACAGCGCCAUCGGGGUGAGCCCGAACAGUUUGCUAUUGACUUUCAAGCCUAGACUACCCUUAGAUUUUCUCCUUCCCGACAAUCAGUCAACUGCUGCACCAGGUACUUUAGAAUUUGCUUACCGUUAUGAACAGAAGAUGCAGCAGGCUGUAGAACAGAUGCAAAAGGCACAGGCGACUAUGAUAGAAUCUGCAAACAAACACCGCCGUGAGUCUUCAUUUCARGUUGGGGACARAGUCURGGUUAAGUCCUCAGAACUGGGACAGGAGCACGGGRUUUCCCGCAAGCUCMUGCCACAGUACUUUGGACCAUGGGAAGUCUUAGAUAUUGUUGGGACUGAUCUGGAUGGACCUUCUUACGUAGUCCGGAUCCCUGGGCAUCUUCGUACUUACCCUGUCUUUCACGCCUCCAAGCUUGCACCGUUCAAAGAAACAGAUCAGUUUCCAUCUCGCCGCUCAAUGCUGCCCCCAACCAUGGACGGAGAGGUGGAUAUGGAUGAUAUCGUGGACCACAGGGAGAUGCCAGUGGCAAGACCAACAGGCAGGGGACGUCCUCCGAAACCGAAGCUGCAGUACCGCGUUCGGUUCCGGCAUCACACUGAUCCGAAGGAGGACCACUGGUUCACCAGGUUCACCAGGGAGGAACUCAUGCAGACCGCUCCUCAAGUUGUGGCCCAUACGAGAGAUCUUUGCAGAAGGGAAAGCGCCCAAUGAUUGAAGAUUGAGCUUCUCAGAGGACUGUUGAAGCUAGGGAGGGAAUGCGAGGCCAAUGCCUCUAUGAGCCCCUUAUGGCCCAUUCUGAAGCAAGU